GCUUUUUUUUCCCUUUUCCUUCCACGCUUGCCGCGUGCCAUACCCGAGUCACAAAUCACAAGUCACCACUUAUCCAGUUGUUAUUCCAAUCAUUACAAUUAUUAUUAUUAUCCCUCACUCACUAAACUAUAUCCUUGGACCCCGAGCGAGCGAGCGAUCGUCACGGUCGCCGCUACUUAUUUGAAGAAUAAUUUCCAUUCCACAAUCUCAUUUGCGCGACCGUCGACCGUCGACCGCCCGCAUCUCCAACCCAACCCAAGAUGGCGACCGUCACCAUGACUAUGCCGCCACCAUCCUCGAAGCCCAAGAAAAAUGCCAAACUUCCCUCAGAGAAUGAACGUUUCAUGCGAGCUUGUUCUGACAUUGCGAAUGCCCUAAUUCAGGACCAUGAUUCACAGAGGGAUCCCACGAAGCCCCGCAAAGAUAUCAACCUCAACAAGCUGCGGGGUCAAAUCGCCAAAAAGCAUGCCUUGUCCACUCAACCCCCAUUGACAGCCAUCAUCGCGGCGGUUCCCGAGCAUUAUAAGAAAUAUAUCCUUCCCAAAUUGAUUGCCAAACCAAUCCGAACCUCCUCCGGUAUUGCCGUCGUCGCCGUCAUGAGCAAACCCCACCGCUGUCCCCAUAUCGCAUACACUGGAAACAUCUGUGUCUAUUGCCCCGGUGGCCCCGACUCCGAUUUCGAGUAUUCGACGCAGUCCUACACUGGCUACGAGCCCACCUCGAUGCGCGCCAUCCGUGCCCGCUAUGAUCCUUUCGAACAGGCUCGAGGGCGUGUUGAUCAGAUCAAGUCCCUCGGCCACAGCGUGGAUAAGGUGGAAUAUAUCAUUAUGGGUGGAACGUUCAUGUCUCUUCCGGAAGACUACAGAGAAUCGUUUGUGGCCCAGCUUCAUAACGCUCUGAGUGGCUAUCAAACAGACAACGUCGACGAAGCGGUGCAGGCCGGUGAGAUGAGUAACAUAAAGUGCGUUGGUAUCACCAUCGAGACCCGUCCGGACUACUGUCUCGACACUCAUCUGAGCAGUAUGUUGCGCUAUGGCUGCACGCGACUGGAGAUUGGAGUCCAGAGUCUGUACGAGGAUGUUGCCCGGGACACGAACAGAGGCCAUACUGUCGCGGCGGUGGCGGAAACCUUCAGGCUCGCCAAGGAUGCCGGCUUCAAGGUGGUCAGUCACAUGAUGCCCGAUCUUCCCAACGUGGGCAUGGAGCGCGAUCUCUUCCAGUUCCAGGAAUACUUCGAAAACCCAGCUUUCCGGACCGAUGGUCUGAAGCUAUACCCCACCCUUGUGAUUCGUGGAACCGGUCUCUACGAGCUAUGGAGAACCGGUCGGUACAAGAAUUACACCCCGAACGCGCUGAUCGACCUCGUUGCCCGUAUUCUUGCCCUAGUGCCACCGUGGACUCGUAUCUACCGUGUCCAGCGCGACAUCCCCAUGCCGCUCGUCACUUCCGGUGUCGAGAACGGCAACCUGCGCGAGCUCGCCUUGGCCCGCAUGAAGGACUUCGGAACGACCUGUCGCGAUGUCCGGACCCGAGAGGUGGGCAUCAAUGAGGUCAAGAACAAGAUCCGACCUUCGCAAGUGGAGCUGGUUCGUCGGGACUACUACGCCAACGGGGGCUGGGAGACCUUCCUGGCCUACGAGGACCCCAAGCAGGAUAUCCUGAUCGGUCUUCUGCGCCUCCGCAAGUGCAGCGCCACGCACACCUUCCGCCCCGAAUUCACCGGCCAGCAGACCAGUAUUGUCCGGGAGCUGCACGUCUAUGGCUCGGCGGUGCCCCUCCACGGCCGUGAUCCGCGCAAGUUCCAGCACCGCGGAUUCGGCACCCUGCUCAUGGAGGAGGCCGAGCGGAUCGCCCGUGAGGAGCAUGGCAGUCAAAAGAUCAGUGUCAUCUCCGGCGUAGGUGUCCGCAGCUAUUACGCUCGUCUGGGCUACUCCCUGGACGGCCCGUACAUGUCGAAGACGCUGGUCCCAAUUGAAGAUGAGGAGUUCUUCUGAUGUCUCCACGAGCCAUAUCGCUGAUGUUUUCAUGAUCCCAUUACCUCCGGUUGAAAGAGAUUUCCGAGGUCUGUAUUAUCUGUCCAAAAGUGCUUGUUUUCUCUGGGCCAUGGGUUGGUCCGCGCAUCGGGGCGUUUCAAGGAGUGUUGUUGUUCGAAACGAAAAGCGAUUUACGGCGGCUGUGUGUUUUUUUUUCCCCC